CCCGCCAGAACUUCCGCUAUCGACUCACUUCUCUAUUUUCUUCAAAAAGUGAUUCACAGAUGAGUGUUGGAUCUGGGUCCUCGGGAAGUUCUCGUGCGAGUAGCGCGUCCGCGCAGGAUAUGGAAUAUGUUUUACAGGGAGAUGUUAAGCAGGAAUAUGAUGAUGAUGAUGAGGAGGAGGAGGAGGAUGAUGAGGAUGAGGAUCGAGUUGAUCCUAGGGAGCUGAAGAUUGAUAAUGUGAAGGGGAGGAAGAGGGAGAGGAAGAGGGGGUUGGAUGUUACGUAUGUUCCUGGGAGUGAUGAGGAUGGGGAUUUUGCGCCGGGUGAGAAGGUUGAUACUAGUGAGUUGGAGGGAAGUGCUGCUAAGAGGGCGAAGAAGAGGAGGGAGGAGCUGGAUGAUACUUAUGUCCCUGGGGAUGAAGAAGAUGAGGAUUCUGCGCCAGAUGCGAAUAAUGUCGACCCUGGUGAGCUCAUUGAUGCUGCUGCUAGGAGGCAUGCAAAGAGGAAGAGGGAGGUUGAUGCUACCUACAGUCCGGGUGGAGACAAGGAUGAUGAUAGCCAGAGUGACAUCGCGACUGCACCCAAAGCCAGGAGUCAUAAGAAAAGAAAGAUGACUACGAAUCCUGCAGCACGAGGUGCUCGUCAGCAGACACCCGAGAAGACAAAGGAAUCGAUACUACCCAUCACCCCGUCGAUAGAAACCGAUUUUGUCAAAGGGGAGCCUACUUCGCAGCAGGUGGGCGUGACGACAGCGCCCGUUGCAUCAUAUCCGACGCCCGAUUCUCUUCUCUCAAAAACUGCAAACAAAGCUCGGGAUUUAUCGUCGCCUACUCGUCGUCGUGCCCCGGUCAAACACAAGCCAGACGAUGAUGCGGAAUAUGUUCCCGAACGAGCUGAUUCGGCUAAGCCGCAGGAAACUUGGGAGAAGCCGAGGGAUAGCAAGCCAUCCCAUUUGAAAGAUAACCACAACGAGGAGUAUCAGGACCGCCCCAUUCGCCACAAAGAAACGACUGGUAUUGUCUUUGAUUUUUCGGUUGAAAGGGCCAAACGCUGGGCUAGUGCGAUCAACGUCCCGGAGGGCCUAUACAAUGAGGAAGAGAAAGAUCUGUUUUACCGACUUGCCAUGCGCGGUUUCGAGCCUGUUAUCCCAACAAUCUGGCGACAUGACUUUCCGACACUGCCUGAAUCUUUGUAUCCUCGAGGUGCUGAGCCGAGUAGCGCGCCGAUUAUCGACGUCACUCGAAGCUCCAAUCUGUAUGCAACCAAAGCCUUAUCGAGCCUGUUCGCCGUCGGUGGUCGAGUCCGCGACUGCGAGAUUCACCGUAAAAAGCCCGAGCCUUUGAUUAAGCAAGCGAUCACAAACUAUAUCCGGUGGGCCUUAUUCGACGCUAAUCUACACACCGCUAAAGAUGCCGUCCCUGUGCAUGUGAUAUAUGCACAAAAAAAAGGCGAGAGCACCUUAAAAGCCGUCCAGAAGAUGAACGAAAAGCUCCGCAAGCUUGUCCGUCGGCACCACGAAGCUCUAGGUGUAACAAGCAAUGCCGACUCACUAGAGUCGGACGAACAGAAUCAGAAGUCUACUGCCACCAAGUUCCCCCUUCUUGUUGGGUUCAUCAUCUGCGGGCCCAUCGUCGCCAUCUUAACCCAUAGCACUGAUCCCGAGGAAAUCGGAGACGGUGAAUUGCAGGGCCGAUUCAUGGGCCAGUUCGACUUGUCUGAACGGGGGCAAGAUGUGUGGAACUCACUUGCAAUUGCGAUUACGGUGAUGUCUGUCCGCCGGACGAUGCUUUCACUCGCGGAGGAGGGCAACCGGGGGUACGAUCAUGAGCGUAGUCCGUCGGUUUUUGAUAUCGAUCUUUGA